AGUCGCGAGUUAAGUUGCGCCAUCGUUUCACGGUUGAUUGAAACUGGCGCCAAGAGCCGCCUUAUUCACACGACAGACGGUGCCCAAUCAGACGCAGCCAAAGCCCCGAAGCCAAGUCCCACUCCCACUCCCCACUAUGUUUAUUGUGGAAAUUGGUGUGGAACUAUCUACUAUGUGGAAUUUAUAAGUCCUAUCCACUCAUGAGAGUAUCAUUCUCCUGAGGCACUUGUCUCAACUCUAUCAUGGAACUCAAAGUGUGGGUGGAGGGAAUUCAGAGGAUUGUGUGUGGUGUUACGGAAACAACAACUUGUCAAGAUGUGGUUUAUGCUCUUGCACAUGCCACGGGUAAAACUGGCCGUUUCACCCUCAUUGAAAGAUGGCGGAAUAAUGAAAGGCUUCUUGCACCCCAUGAACAUCCUCUCAAGAUUCUCAUGAAAUGGGGAGAGUACUCCAAUGAUGUCCAGUUGAUUCUACAAAGGUCUGGGGGGCUUCAGCAAUCUCCUUUGGGCCAUUCACAGCAAACUCAAGCUGCUGACCCUCUGCAUGGAUUCUCACCGUCUCCCUCUGAAUCACCAGAUUCGAGGCACCCUGGGUUCGGAAUGGUACAUGAGAGAAACAAAGAUAUACGCAAGUCUCUUACGUUUUCUGGCGGACACCAUCCUCAACCUCUUGCAGAAAGAAGGCUAGCCUUAAACCAGCAAGAUGGUGGCAACAAGGUCAGUGCAGAGAGCAUCCCUUCACCAAGUCAAACGCGACCGAAUGCUGUUGAGAACAACAGCAAUGUGAGUCAUCAUCCUCUAACUCCACAACAACAACAACAACAACAGCAGCAGCAAGGUUCUUCACAAGGGCUGAAGCGAGAGAGGGAGGCCCCCCCUUACCGCGCUCCCCCACCGGGUCCGGGUUCUGCCUCUGCCGUGGGAACAAGUCCCUCACCUGGGCAGCCAGGACAGCCUCGCAGCUUACCCUUGCCGCUCCCACUGCCCCCAUAUCGUGACCCACCUCCGCCAACUCAGAGUCCUGUCCGCCCCACCCAAGCUACUCCACCUACUCAUCAGCCAUCAUCUGGCAGCAAACCAAGGAGGAACAUACUCAAGGAUUUUCCCACCACCUCCUCUGUUUCUGAAACUGAUUCUCAUCAAGAGGCAGUGCUCUUCAAUGCUCAGUACCGUGAUUUAGUGCGGCUUGUCAACUAUCAGAGGGAAAAGUUAUCUUCACAACAGUCAGAACUAACCAAGUUUGAUGCUGAAAUUGUGUUCUGGGAGGGAAAAUCUCAGGAGCAAAAGCGUCAAAUGGAGCUAAUAACUCAAGAAACAAUGCGGAUGGAAGCUCAAAGCCGACAAAGUGAAGAGCAGAUAAGAGCACUGAGUCAUGUAGAGGAAGAAAGUGAAUUGGUACGUCAGCAAGAAAAGACUCUGAAAUCGGAAAUAACACUGCUACGCUCAAAAUUGGCCAAUUGUGAAACAGAACUUCUUCAGUGUAAAAACAAAAUAAGGUUAUUGGUUGAGGAAACCCAGAUGGAACAGAGGUCCUUGGUUGCUGAAAAAGAGAACAGACAACAAUUAGAACGAUCUCUUCUGACAGAAGUGGAAAGACUGCAACGUCAGGUGGACAUAGCCAAGCAAUCUUCAGAACAAACUGCCCAGUGUGGGGAGGAUUUGCAAAGAGAGGUAGCAGCGCUGGAAUCAGCUAUAUCAGAUAAAAAGCAGCAGGUUGAGCAACUUGUUGCAGAAAUGAAGGAGGCUAAUCUCCAAAGCCUUGCUAUUGCUCCUGCUGAAGAACUGAAGCAUUUACUUGAAGGAUCCACAUUUUGUCUUGGCCCCCAUAAACCUGGAAGCACUCGCAAGAUGAUUGGAUCACCUCGACAAUUGGAAAAUGCUGUACCAACUAGUAAAAAUCCUCAUGGAGUAUGGGUUUGAGGAACUGUCUCUUUUUCCUGACUUUGUCUUUGCUCAGUUGCAACUGAUCAGAUGAGUAAGAAUAAGGUUUUUUAAAACUCCUUUUUCCUAAUUUUGCCUUACACAUUCCACAAAGCUUAGGUAGGAGAAUGUAUCAUUCCUUUUGAUAUUAGGUGUUAAGAUGUUCGGCAACUGUCAAUUUGUGUUUCCUCUGUACUCUUUUUACAGUACGAAAGUCAAGUACUUAAACAUGACUCACAUUUAAAUUAUUUAUAAAAUCAUGCAAACCGUUUUUUCUUUCUUUUCCUUUUGCUUAGUUCCUUUUAAUUGUCUUUCACAUAGAAUUUCCUUAAAAUAUUUGCUUGAUUUGUAAGAGUACGGUUUUUAGGCGGUGUUUGUUGGUUUGUUGGUUAGUCAUAUUAGCACCUUUAUUAUCAGUAUUGGUUCUUGAAAGCAUUUGGUGAAUUCCAGUAUUAUCAAAUCAGUUGCUCCAGAUUUGAAUGUUGAAAAUUGUUGAGUUACAUAAUUUUUAUAACUUGUUUUUGAUGAUAUUGGUAUCUUUGUCACUAUUGUGGCUCUAUUUUAGACGAGAAUUUUCUGAACUAGAGUAUAUUUUCAUCUUGAAGUGGUCUGAAGAGUGAAAGAAUAAGCGAUUCAAUGUGUGCCUUUUGCUAUAUUUUCUGUACUUUUGUGCUAUAGAUUAAUUUUUUUCCCAUGUUUUGUCUUUUUUUAAGUUUUAAGUUUUUGAUAAGUUGCAUUGUCAUCACUUCUACUGUGAAAGGUUUUACACAGCUACAAAGUCUAUGUACUCUUCUAGUUAUCAUACAUCACCAUUUGUAAUGUAUAGUACUGCAUGAUGCAGAGGGAAUGGGUUGUAAGCAGAGGCGUAUUCUAAUCUAUUUCAUUGUGGCACCCUCUGCCUAUUUUCAAUCUGUUGUGUUCAUUUUUAUAUCUUUUGUGCUUUGACUUUUAUUUUACUGUAGUACAAAUACUCAUUGAUGCAUCACAACAUUGGAUUGAAAACAGAUUUUGCGAUCUUUUGCUGGGGUGUGAUGGAUGCACUUAAUUUUCAGUUUAGAGGUAGAAUAAGCUCGAUAUAGCGUUUGUGACAGAUGCCCAAAAUAAUCAUCGCUAUAUGUGGCGGCCGAUUUAUGGCGUCUUCCGCGUUGGGGUAACGCAUUUGUCGCACUUCAAGGGGGACUACGCUAAAUCGAGCUUAUACUCUCUUUGAUGAACUUCUUUUUGCUAAAGAAAAGAAAGAUAUCUCUCAUAGGAAGGACUUGCUAUUGAUUGUAGUGUUAGUUUCACAGUUUUUAGUUUUCAUAAUCAAUGACGUACAUGUCUUAAGUUUCAAUGGAAAAUGCUUUGCGGCACAUAGGAAUGUUGCAUGCCACAUUACCUCACAAUUUUAAAUGUUUUCUUGAAGUGUGGUGGUUCCAUGUAUAUGAGAAGUCCCAUUAGUCAGUGACACACUGCCAAAGAAUUGUUUGUUUUUAUUAUUAAUUAAUUUAGAGUGCAUGCAUAGUUACAAUAGUUUUAGUUUAUCAUCACAGCUCAUGACUUUCAUGAAAUUAUUAUUGUACUGGAUAUUAUUGAUUGGUACACAAUAUUCGCUCGCUGCAAUUCUGCUAGUCUAAUAUUUUUCUCCUCAGAAGGUAAACAUUAAUUCAUUCUUUGCUUGCAUUAAGUACAAUAUUUAUUUGCAGGCGAUAUUGUUGAUUUGUCAAACAGUAACACUUAAGUGCUUAUUUACUUAAGCAGAUUGGUUUGCAUCCACCUUGGCUUUAAGUUCUCUCACUAAAUGGCCUGGAAGUGCGCGCUGUCUGCGGCAUACUUGGCAGGCGGAUCCAGAUUCCCGAACCAGAAGCGGUGCCGUGAGGAGCAGUGCGAUGUAAAAGCGCCUGCACGGACGACAGCGGCAUGCGGCAACACUGUGUUUCAUUCUGUUCUUCAUUAUUUUUUCCAAGUGUGUGCCAUUUGCUAUCUGUUUCUUUCAAAAUAUAUUCACUUGAUUUGGAGGCACGAUAUCUCUUUAUACUUAUGUUGCACUCGUGUGUUGUUUGUGUUUGUUAUAUUUUAUUUUCACAUACUGUAUGUUCUGUAAGUUGAGCUGCACCACUGUAGUAAUCUGUGAUUUUUCCAAUCAAAAGUUCUCAAAUUCAUCCUUCUGUGACUCACGAUCUUAUGUAAAUUAUAAGGAUUUGUAGUAAGUUAUUUAUAUCUGUAAAAAUAAGUUGUUAUUUAGUGUUUUCAAGUUUUAUGAAAGGAAAUAUGUGGUUGGGUGCUUGAGUGCCAUACAACUCUGUUAAUUAUGGUGUUUAAUGUAUCCCAAUAAAGGGUUUUCUUAAAAGAA